GGACGCCUUCGCUCCGUCACUGUCCUUCGGGUUUGGGAAGAUCUGCAGCGGGCUGGCAGGCUGCCUGUCGGAGGACCAGCGGUUCUGCCUCCUGCAGAGGUUCCAGGUUCUGAGCGCCGCCGGACUUCCUGACGGAGCCCAGAGAGACCAGAACGGCCAGGCCGCCCUGAUCCGCCGCAACUGCUGCUACAACCUGCCGGCCCUGGUGGCGUUCUCCGACCCAGCCCGCUUCCAGUCGCGGCUCUACGGCCCAUUCUCCAGACUGUGCCGCGACCCGGACGCCGGCGUCCGGCGCGGCGCCGCCGCCGCGUUCCACCAGGUGAUCCAGCUCCUCGGUCCAGACCAGCACCUGGUCCACAAAGAACUCCUGGUUCUGCUGCAGGACGAAGACCUGGAGGUCUUGGAUGCGCUAAUGAACCACUUGGAUGAAACCCUGGAAGCGGUUCUGGCCCCUGGAGAGAACCGGGCUCUGGACCAGCAGGUCCCGGAGCUGCCUGCGGCGCUGCUGCGGGCGGAGCAGACGGUUGGAGGUUCUCUGCGCUGGCGGCUGCAGGAGAAGCUGCUGCGGCGCUUCGCGGUUCUGGCCCGGCUGCUCCCCGGAGACGUUCUCCACCAGAGGUUCUGCCCGCGGAUCCUCCUCAUCCUCACCUCCAACAAAGUGCUGCCGGUGCAGAAGGAGGCGGCCCGAACCCUCUGCACCUUCCUGCGGUACAACCGGCGGCCAGAGCAGCGGCAGGAGACCGUGGACCGGCUGCUCCAAGACCUGGCUCAGGGUCCCAGCUGCUGGAACCGCCUCAGGUUCCUGGAUGUUUGUGAGACCGCCGCUGAGAUCUUCUCCAGGAAGUACUUCAAGAAGCAUUUCCUGAUCCCCGCGCUGGACCUGGUCCACGACCCCGUCGCCAAUGUCAGGUACCGGCUGUGCCAGCUGCUGCCCCGCCUGCGCUCGGCGCUCCGCCUGCCGGCCGACGAGCCGCUGCUCCACCAGAUGGACUUCUGCAUCCAGAAGAUGCUCUGCAGGGAGACGGACAGGGAUGUGGUCUCUACGAUCCGCAAGACUCUUGUGGAGCUGGAGAACCUGGACCUGUCCGAGUCUACGAGGCCAGACCGGCAGGACAAGGUGGACAGACUGGACAGGGUGGACAGGGUGGACCAGCAGGACAGGGUGGACCAGCAGAAGGACACGGAGGAGACGGUCCUGCUGGAGACGGGACAUCAGGGACAUCUGGAGCAUCUGGAGCAUCUGGAGCGCCAGCAGAGCAACGGCCAGCUGGUCUGUGACAAACACCCAGACCGGAACCGCAGAAACAGCAAGACCAGGCUGUCCGCCACCAAGUCCGUGUCCCUGUCCUCAUCUGGACAGAGUCUGUCAGGUGCAGAAGUGAGGAAGGCCAAACUGUCCCGGAGCCGUUCUCUCAGCAGUCAGCCCGCCUCCACCAGACCGCUGAAAGCGAAGGAGACCAGCGAGUCCGGCGAACCAGGGAAGACGUUCGUGAAGUCCAGUAAAGAUGAGUCUUCAAGGACGACCCACCUCCCGAUGGCGGGUCAGUCCGGAUCCGCCAGGCCGCUCCUGAUCCGGAGCAACACCAUGAGCCUCCUGGGCAGGACCGGCACCCUGGAACACAAACCCCUCACCAUGGACCAGAGAAACACAAUGAUGGACCACAGGACUGGUACCAACAAUCAAAAAGACAACAGAACCAGCACCUCGGACCAAAGGACCAGUACCUUGGAUCGCAGGACCAGUACCCUGGAAAAUAGGACCAGUACCUUGGACAACAGGACCAGUACCCUGGACCAUAGAACCAGUACCCUGGACCAGGUCUGUACAGAGACGGACAUCCAGCCGAGGAAACUGUCCAUAAACAGGAAGUCCAAUUCUCUGAACAUCCAAUCAGGACGGGACUGAAAAUGGACACCAUCUGACCUUCGGCCAAUCAGCAGCCAGGACGUCUCUGCUCCACCCCUUCACCUUAUUGGCCCAGAGCCCCGUGUUGGGCUGCCGGUACUUGAUUGGCUGAACAAACUGCAGAGAAGUGAGUCGGUUUGAAGUUUCCAGUUUAAUCAUCACGACACAGAGAACGUAGUUUCCAAAGCAAACCCAGCGAGGAUCAUGGGUAAAAACUGCAGUCGGUACAGUGAGCGUGUGCCUCCUGUGAUCUCUGAACUCACCUGGAGGGGGCGCUGCAGGCCUCACCUGGACUCCUCUCAAAUAAAAUGCUGAAACUCAACCGUGUUUGUUUACAUGUCACCAACACGAAACGGACAAGGGGGCGGGGCUUAUAUGAUUCACACUGCUUACAAGAGGGAGUGGUCAGGUGAUCGAUAAUGGGCGGGGUCUAUCUGGUUACACUGGGCUGCAGUCAGGUGAUUAGUGAGGGCGGGGUCAGCUGAUGGAUAAUGGGCGGGGUCAGCUGAUGGAUAAUGGGCGGGGUCUAUCUGGUUACACUGGGCUGCAGUCAGGUGAUUAGUGAGGGCGGGGUCAGCUGAUGGAUAAUGGGCGGGGUCAGCUGAUGGAUAAUGGGCGGGGUCUAUCUGCGGGUAUACUGGGGUUUGAAGCAGGUGGUCACUUGUGGG